AUGCUCAAGACUGGUGCUAAAUAUUCUGGCCUUGGGCCGAAUGCUCCACCAGCUACACGAAAUCAUGUCUUCAUAAAAGACAUUGCACUUGCAUUCGCGGUGUCGGUACUGCCUCUUCUCGCCUUCUCCGGCUUACUCCUUGGUCUAUUGUUCUGGUAUCGGGUUAUACCGCAUGGCCGCAACGAUCCGAGACUCCCAGACGAAAAUCCGCAGAAAAAAGGCAUCGUCUUUAUCAGUCUCAGUGCCACUGUAUUUACUACCGUGGGUUCGUGGUCAAGCACAGUGGCGCCGCUCUCGCUCCCGUUUAUCCUGACGAUUGCGUCCUAUCCCGCGUCCAGACUGAUGAUGCGAGCCAGCGACGGCAAGGAAGGGCGAAAACUGCCCACUCCGUAUCAGAUUGCUCUGAUACUCCGUGUCAUGUCCAAUUCUUCGCUCAGUUCGGUCUGGCAAUGCAUGAACUACAUCUCUGCAAAGGGAAGGAGGGCACCCAUGUCAUCUGCCCUGAACAUCAUGAUGUGCACACUUGUUUUGGGCACGAUACAGAGCACGUUCAUCUUUGCGACGGAUACGUGGCUUCACGUCACGACGGAGACAGUUCCCAUGACCGAGUUUCACACAACAUCGCCCAAAAAUGCUACCUUCGGCAUACCUUCAGCCUGCUUCAAGAUUGGAGAGGAGAAGCCCAAUAUAUGCAAUACUUUUCUGAAAGACGAAUUAAUGAAAAACGACAGAAACCACAUCACCCAAGAGAUCUUCUCCAACAUCUCUGACAGGGUAAUGGUUCAGAACCACGAUGAGGGCGGACAUCGAUACGCCUAUGUUGCCUCUCCGGCGUAUCGUUUCCAGACGGACAUUGACUACGUAGCCACAACAUUUGCAGUCAAGACGAACUGUACCCCUGCAACAUCCAGAUGCUUCAAGAAUCGUCACUUUCCCAACGUGACCUCUUACAAAUGCGACUUUGCCAUGGACGGACCCAUCGAUAAAACGAUGAGCUUCUUAACCUUGACCGAUUUCACGACCGAAGAGGGCUGGAAGCUGGUUAGUUGUGAUUCGUAA